GUGGUCUAAAAUGAAGAUGAUUUUGGUUGAGUUGUUUCUUACUAUCACUGCUCUCCGUGUCGUUGACUGCUGCUCUGGGGAACUGUCACACGGUGUCCGUUUGAUGGGCCACACGCUGGAAACAAUACCAGACCUCGGUCUUCACUCCUGCAUAAAAGAAUGCCUCUUACGUCAACUGCAUUGUCAAUCUAUCAACUACAACACUCAACUGUUUCUGUGUGAGAUAAAUAAUUACGAAGCUGAUAUCGAGGCUGAAGGAUUCUUGGAUCCGAACUAUAUUUUCACCAAUGUUGUGAAUGUCUCCAGGGAAACCCUAGGAAACUGCAAGGAUAUAUCGUGCCCAAUCUUUCACAAAUGUAUCAAUCUUCAGAACGGAUUCACGUGUAUACCAACAGCUUGUCCGGCGGGAACAUAUGGAAAAGACGGUCAGUGUGUGUCCUGCCCUGCUGGUCAGUACAACAGUGGGGGCGGUCUGCAGUGGUGUUCAUUCUGUCCCCCGGGCACAUACCAGGACCAGCCUGGGUCUAACUACUGCAAAAGCUGUGCCCCUGGAACCUAUCAACUGAAACAAGGACAGACAUCAUCAGCGUCAUGUCUACCGUGUCCAGCAGGGACCCAUCAGCAGUGGUCAGGGCAGACAUGGUGCAGUCAUUGCGUCCCUGGGUACUACCAGCCUCAUACAGGACAGGCUCUAUGCUGGCCUUGUCCUGAUGGAACGGUUCAGCAACACUACGGCAAGACUUCCUGUAAUCAGUGCUCAGAUUUCAACAAAUGCCACAACCAAACAAAGACUAACUGCUUCGACCUAAGACGAAAACAACGUGAAAUCGGCUCGCAAGGAACGAUUUUCUGGGGAAUCGUCAUGCGAACGCAGUGCAAACAGUUCUGCAGGAAUGAUAACACGUGCAUGGGAUUCUCAAUUCAACGUGACGUCAAUCCCGGAAACUGUUAUACCCACACAAGUCACCAGGACGUACGGAAUGAUUUUUAUAACUUUUUUGAAUUCCCUUGGGAAUGUCAUUUUUAAGAUGUGUUAGAAGUCAUAAGCUACAACAAGAAGCGCGGAUUAGAUUUG